AUGAAUAUCCAAACAGGAUGGGAAAAGGAGAAUUGUCAUUAUUCAUUAUAUGAUUGUGAAUCAUUAUCCAUUAUAUAUUCUCAUUAUAUGAUUGUCGAAAUUAUAAAAAGAAUCAAAAAAUUUUCUUUUUUCCCCACUCAAAAAAAAAAAAAAAAAACUACUCCCGAUAUUACUCUUUACACUUCCGGAACUCAAAAUGGGGUAAAAGCUAGUGUCGUUCUUGAAGAAUUGGGAAUUCCUUAUAAAGUAAAACAAGUUGAAUUGUUAAAGAAGGAACAAUAUGAACCUUGGUUUUUAAAAAUCAAUCCGAAUGGGAAAAUUCCUGCUAUCGUUGAUCAUGGUAAAGAAGAUUUUCCUGUAUUUGAAAGUACCGCAAUUGCGAUUUAUCUUUGUGAAAAUUAUGAUCCUGAAGAAAAAUUACUACCGAAGAAUGAUCCUAAAUUGAGAAGUCAAGUUAUUCAAUGGGUUAUGUUCGAAGCUUCAGGAAUUGCGCCUACGCAAGGACAAUCCAACUUCUAUUGCAGGUACUUCCCAGAAAAAAUUCCAUUCGCCAUUAAUAAUUGUGCCAAUGAAAUCAAAAGACUUUACGGCGUUUUGAAUAAAUCAUUGGAAGGAAAAGAGUAUUUAGUAGGAAAUAAGUUUACAUUGGCGGAUGCUAUUAGUUAUCCUAUGAUCAGAGGGCAUUUUUUUUCUGGGGUAGAAAGUAUUGAUGAAUUUCCAAAUUUAAAAGCUUGGGUCGAGCGUAUUGAUACAAGACCAGCAACUCAAAAAGGGUUAAAUGUACCAGUUCCUGACCAAAUGAAAGAAUAUCGGGAAAAUCCAGAAAAAUUGGAAGAAUUUGUACAAACAAUUCAAAGUCUUAUCAAAAAGCGACUUAACAUGUGA